AUGAAAUUAUUGUUGUACUUUUAAUUUCUUUUUUUCAUUGCUUUUACUAUAAUGCCAAUGCCUAAACAAUUUGAAAAGGGAGAAAAGACAGUUAAAAUUUUAUAAAAAUGCGCAAUAAAGUUUUUAUCUGAAUAGAAUUUUCCUGAUCAUGUUUUAUAAUUAUUGCGUCAUUAUCAUGAAUUAAUGACAUUAGAUUCAGAAUGUAAAUUUGAAGAGUCACUUUAGAAGAAAAAUCUAAAUUUGGAAGGAUCAUUAAAAUUUAAUAUCAAUUUAGAAAGUGAUGAACAAAUAUAUUGGGUUAAUGAAACAAAACAAGAAGCUUAUAGAUUAGAGAUUGAUGAAAAUUUAAACAUAAAUAUAAAUGCUCCAAAUCAUUGGGCUUUGGCAAGGGCUAUCGAUACAGUAAAUUAACUUACAGAAAAUAAUGAAGUUGUUAAUGUAAUAGAAAUAUAAUAUAAAAAAGCUACCCUUAACAAUUUAUGAUGAACCUGCUUAUGUAUAUAGAGGUGUUAUGGUAGAUACUGCUAGACACUUUUUACCACUGAAAACUUUAGAAAGAACUAUUGAUGCAUUAGUAAUAAAUAAAUUAAAUGUUUUGCAUUGGCAUAUAACAGAUGAUGAAAGCUUUCCACUUUUAUUGACAAAUUAUAGUUAGAUAACUAAUACAUCAAAAUUUUGGGAUAGUGCUUAUUUUACUAAAUAAGAUGUAUCAUAUAUAAUUGAGUAUGCUUCAAUAAGAGGAGUUUAGAUAAUUCCUGAAAUAGACUCUCCUGCACAUGCUUAAUCUUGGGGAAGAUCUCCAGAAUUAGCAGAAAUGAUUAUAACUUGUGGUAGCACUAUUAAAUAAUAUGGAUAAUUUGAUCCUACUAUGGAUUUAACAUAUGAAGUAUUAAAGUCAGUGAUGCAAGAUUUAAAUGAUAUGUUUGCUAAAGUAUAAUUUAUUCAUUUUGGUGGAGAUGAAGCUAGUAAUUCUUGUUUUGAUUAAAGGCCAUCAAUAAAGCAAUUUAUGACAGAACAUGGAAUUGCAACCUAUUUUGAUCUUUAGGUUUAUUAUAGAUAAAGAUAAAAAGAUAUUUGGAAAAAUUAUGUUAAAUCUUCAAAAAGAGUUGCUUAUUGGUACAAUAAAAAUGAUCUAUUACCAGCUGAAGAUGAUGAUAUCAUUCAUUGGUGGGGAUUAACAUCAUAAUUAAUUGAUGUAAAAAAUAGAAAAAAUGAUUUUAUUUUAAGUGAUUCUCAACCCUUAUAUUUGAAUGCAGGAGUUGGAAAUGCAUUUGGUGAUUCAUAUAAUUCUUAUUAAACAUGGAAAGAUUUUUAUAAAUGGUCACCUUAACCACCAGAUGGAUUUUAAGGAAAUAUUUUAGGAGGAGAAGCUCCUCUAUGGGGAGAAACUAAUAAUCAAAACACUCAUUUCUAGAAUAUGUUUUUAAGAUCUUCAAUUUUAGGUGAUACGUAAAUAAUUUAUAAUUAUAUUAGAUUAUGGAAUCCUAAUUCUAAAUAAAAUGAAUAAUUUUGGGAAUUUACUUAGAGAUUAAGCGAAAUGGAAGAUAGAAUGAAUAAAUAUGGAUUUCCUGUUUCUCCAUUUACUCAUGAUUAUUGUAAAAGACACACUAAACUAUGUUUCCCAACUUUAUAUGCAGAUCAAGAAGAUCAUAAUAUUAUUAAUUAAAAACCAAUUGAAUGAAAUGUUAUUUAUAAAGGUUAAUGAAUG